AUGGGCUCUAAGCAAUUCUCCUUUGUCAACAUCUCACACCCAGAGGAGAGUCGGAGCCGCCACAACCUUGCCUACAUUCGUCGCCAUGUCAUGGCAGACGUUGGCCGUUCGAAGCGCAAAAAGCCAAGAUUUAAGAUUAUUCCCCUUGAAGUCGCUUCUAGUGGAGAUGCAUCUGAGGCAAAGCCAGUGAAGAUUGAGGCGGCUGAGUCACCACCUCUUGGGAGGAUGCCACCGUCGUUUCAAUUACAUCUCGUUGACACGAAUGCUCGUGCUUGCGAACUUAUCAGCUUCAUGGCGGCUGAGGCCGACUACGUAUAUCGACCGUUCCGCACCUCAUGGGUUCAAAUUGGCCUCUCAGAUCCAACCGCGUUUGAUCUGUGGCUUGCACAAGCCAUUGUGAUUCGAGGUCGCACCGUCCCUGAAGAUAUUACAUCCUGUCCCGAUGUGGAGUAUUUAAGCAAUCCCGAGGCGAAUAAAUACUACAGCAGAUCACUCACCCAGCUAUCCCAUCGACUGAGUAGUCGCGAAGAGUGCGUAAGCAUCGGCGUUGUAGCAAUCAUUAUGGGAUUUAUAUGCAUUGAUACACGCGUGGGAAAUUGGGAUCGGUAUCUUAUGCAUAUGAAUGGUUUGGAGCGGAUAUAUCAUCUUCGCAACGGGUUUGACGAAUUGGACAGGGAGAUUUCAUUGAUGGCUUUUUUUGUUGAUUUAAUGGGCGCUUCCAUGCUCGAUCGGUAUCCUCGAUUUCCCAUUCCAAAACACUGCGUCAAUCCUUCGGAAAUGAACUAUGACAGCGACAUGUCAAAUACGUUGCAAAUUUUACUAAACGAUGCCAGAACAAUAGCACCUCAAGGAGAGCGGAUAUACGCUAUGCUUAGAGUAACAGCAUCAGUCAUCGCGAUGGUCAAUCGGAACGCCAACGAUCCCCUAUUCUGGACCCAUGACGCGGCUCUGGCCGAGAAAUUGGGUUCUGCGAGCCACUUUAUACUAUCAGCACCUAAAUCUCCAGAAGAUGAUCCGCAUACAAACUAUCCUGUCUUUGUUGUGCAGAGAAUGGUACAGCUCGCAUGCUUGAUGGUCAUGUCAAAGUUGAAGCAAUUGGCGUCUUUCCACUGGGCCGAUAUAGACCCUCUUGGAGACCGGCUUGGAAAACUACUGCAAGUGCCUUGUUAUGAGGUUCCUGUACAGCUCCAGAAACUACGUCUCUGGGCGAUUGUAACAGCUUGCUCAUUACUGGAUCCCGAAGCACAAGUCCCGUUUCUUAUUGAGUUGAGGCGGUCAAUAAGAGCAUUGGGUUAUCGCACUGCUGAAGAGGCAAUUGAAUAUGUCAAAAACCUUCUUUGGCUUGAAAACGUGGACAUCAUUGCAACAGAGAGCCUAUACGGAUGCUGCAACCUAUAA